AUGAUUUUGAUUGCGCAUGAGCGUUACGCGACCAGUUACAGCGGAGAAGAUGUAAAGGCUCUGUACACAAAGCUGUUCGCCGAGAAUAAGUACAACCACAGGGUGCGACCCGCUGACGACCAGUCGAAGACAACCGAAGCUACACUGUACGCCAAUGAGACCACGAGACCUUACGUGACUGCGCAGGCUGCUCUUGAGCAACGCUGGCCGCAUAUGAAUGAGGUAUGGAAGCCUGACAUUGCCUUGAGAAAUUCUAAUCUGGAGCACAAGGAACUCGGUGUGUCGUCACUCAACGUGAGGAAUUACAACAGCGGGGAAGUAUAUUGGUCUCCUUUUCAAGUGUUUGAAUCCAAGUGUUCAAUGGACAUCACAAACUUCCCGUUCGAUUAUCAGACAUGCUACCUGAAGUUUCAAGCUUGGUCUUACCAGAUAACGGAGGUUUUCCUGAAAUGUGCAUCGAGUGGAACCGACCUAUUAUUUUACGAACCCAAUCCGGGUUGGGAUAUAAAUAACUCCAGUUGCACAGAUGGGGAACAUCUCGCUUUAAGCCAAAUAACCUUUUCCAUCACAAUUAGACGAAAACCACUAUACUUUAUGUUGUCUGUUAUCUUCCCUAUCUUGACUCUAGCAAUUUUGAACAUCUGUGUUUUCCUGUUGCCGACUGACUGCGGAGAGAAGGCCGGUUUCUCCAUUUCGGUCUUCUUGGCGUUCGCCGUCUUUCUAACCAUUGUUUCUUCAUCGUUACCACAGAAUUCAAACUCCAUAUCGUUGAUAUCGGUCUUUCUAAUAAUCCAAACCACUUGCAGCACCUUGACAACCGUCCUCGCGUUGGCUCUUCUACGCAUUUCCAGUUUUGAUGAUAAAGUGACAAUUCCUCGCAUUCUGGUUUUCUUCAUGCGAUGUUUGAAAUGUAAAUCUUGUUCCAAGCCGCGAAGGAUCGAGUCAACAAUAACACGCACAGAAAGCAGAAUGUCUGAUGAGACUUCUACUGGUGACGUCGAAUUCUCGUGGAAAGAAGUUGCAAACUUUUUGGACGUCGUGCUGUUUGUGAUAUUCGCAUGCAUCCUCGUCGCAUCGUCGAUGGGCUGUUUUUUAACAGCCAUGAACUCUUACCCUUCAGAUGUGCAGACAGAAAGGCCGACGCCGGGUUUUGAGUGACAUUUUAAUAGUUCAAUUUACUUUGUUUUUGUGAUUUUGUUUAUUUCAAACUGCCCUCAUAUUAUUCACUGAUACCGUAUGAAUUUUCUUUUAAGAAAAUAGCAUUAUCGUUCUUUAUAAUCAAAAUCAACGUUUGUGUGUUCAUGUGUAAUAAUUAAAUUAAUGAGCCAUAUGUCGGAAUUAGAAAUGAUGAGUUGCAAUGAAAUUGCAUGUAUGGAUUGUAUGAUAAAAUAAAAUACGCAGCGUUUUAUAAUUCGUCAA